UAAAACCAGGCACGAUGUGGAUGUAAGUAAAUUAGAAGGAUCAACACAUCGAACAGAAUGAAAAUUACUUGGUUUGUGGCAGUGCUGUGUGUUGGACUAACACUUUGCGAACCGGCGUUCAACAGAAGACAGUCAAUUAGUGGGAAGGAAGAUAACCCUAGAAGGAGAACUCCAUCUUCUCUUCCUUCUUGCUUCCCUGGUGACGGGCAGCUUCUCCUUGACAACGGCAAUAUGGUGGAUAUGAAGGGCCUAAGAACUGGAGACAGAGUAUUAACAAUACAAGCUGGGCGACGUGUCUUCUCUGAAGUGAAAACCUUCAUAAAGCGCCACCCCCACCAGAAUACUACCUACCGAACACUGAUUACGGAACAGGGAAAUCACGUGACGAUGUCAGACAACCAUCUGAUCUUUGUCUCGGCAAGAAACACAUCUACCAAAAUGGAAUCUAGAUUUGCGAUGUCUGUGAAACCAGGUGAUUAUAUUUUCACAACAAAAUCCUGCAAACGAGAUCUGUGCCCAGAAAGAGUAGUGCAAAUAUCGCUUAGCACGAAACAAGGUUUGUACGUUCCAGUCACUGCAGCUGGAACUCUUGUAGUGGGCGGAAUAUUCGCGUCUUGUUACUCAUGCCUUCCACACCACCUCGAGCACUUCUUUCUGACACCUUUCCGCUGGUUUCCAUGGCUGCUGGAUCCAUGGAAACAAGAUGGCUUCAGUCCGAUCAUAUCUGGUUUGGAAAAUAUAGCAGGCAGGUUUCUACCUAUGAGUUUUCCUCACAGUGUUAAAAGUGCUUCCACCUCGUAAAUCUGAUGAAACAGUAUUCUACCAUCAGGAAAAUCACAGUCAUCAGGCGCUGGAAGAGGGAUGGGACACUGCCCCCUCUUGUGGACAAUCAAAUUAAUUGUAUUUUCAAUGAAAAACAUUUUCUAAAGGAAUAAGUAAACAUUUGAGAAACUUGA